UGUAAUAUAUGAAAAUUAAAAAGAACAACAUAACCCUAAAAUUUUCAUUUUCAGUCAAAGCAGAACAAUUUAAUAAAUUUUCACAAUGUUAUACUUAACACGAAAAUUGUCUUCAAACAUAACUCAAUUGUUAAUUGCUAAUCAAAGUCAUGUAUCGUUAGAGAAUUGUGCACGACAAUUAUCAUUAACAUGUGCACGUCAUUGCAUAUCUAGUGAAAAAUCUGAAGAAGAGGUAACAACUUCGUCACGAAGAGAUCAAGACGUAGAAUUGACCGCUGAAGAAAUAAGGAAGCAAAGUUUGGAUCGUACUAAAGUAAUUCCUGUCGAAACUAGCUUACGAUACUUAAAGAGUGCUGCUUACCAAGAAGCGUAUGGUAAUUACCUGGUCUGGGAACAAUACCGACGCAACCAUAAAGGUCUCUUCGCUCCUAAAAAGACUCGCAAAACGUGCAUACGACAAGGAAAGAUUUCAUGCGGUAACCCAUGUCCAAUUUGCCGGGAUGAGUUCUUAGUGCUGGACCACAGAAAUGUUGAUCUUUUAAAACAAUUCAUAUCUCCACAAACUGGUCAAGUAUUGAGUUAUUCCAAGACUGGACUCUGCCAAAAAAGACAUUUUGAAUUGCUCGUAGCCGUUGAACGUGCUAUGGACUAUGGUCUCCUAACGUUUGAUGUUCCAUUUAGACAAUUUGAUUAUUCCGAAUAUUAUUCACAUUUAAAAGAAGAAGCAAAGAAUAUUUAA